GCCCUGUCGAGAACACGUCGCAUUAGCUCCUCCUCCGCUGGUCCUCCUGAGUGACGACAGAACUCGGGAGAUACGAAUUUCAUUUUUUUUAAACGACGGAGGCCACUUUGAAGAUUAUUUUCUUUAGGAUUCCGUGACUAAGUCCGAAGAAGAAGGAUUAAUGGCAACUCUCACGAGGUUUUGCGCCGUCAUGGCAACACUCAUGGCGAUUCCUGCCAGUUCUGAAAGGCAGUUUCCAUCACCCGUGGCCAACGAAAAGGAGAGCAGUUACUGGUACAAUCUAGCCAAGAAUGAACUAGAGGAAGCCCUGGCCAAACCCAUCCUUACGAACGUGGCCAAGAACGUUAUCCUAUUUCUGGGCGACGGUAUGGGCGUAACAGCUGGAACCGCCGGCAGGAUCCUGAAGGGACAGAAGAAGGGAGUGUCUGGUGAAGAAGGAUAUUUAGUAUGGGAGAGGUUCCCUAACAUCGGUCUCAUGAAGACGUACAACCUCGACAAGCAAGUGCCAGACAGCGCCGGCACCGCCACAGCUUACCUCACGGGUGUCAAAGCUAACUACUACACCUUGGGCGUCAAUGGCAAAGUGAAGCUAGGAGAUUGUGCAGCCUCUCUCAAGCCCGAAAACAGACUGGAUUCCAUUCUUCAGUGGGCUCAGAACGCCGAUAAGGACACUGGUGUGGUCACGACGGCGCAGGUGACGCACGCUACUCCGGCCGGUCUCUACGCCAAGUCUGCCAACCGGAAGUGGCAGUGUGACUCCAAGAUCAUGAAGGAGGGUGGGGAGGCCCUCAAGUGUAAGGACAUCGCGCGCCAGCUGGUCGAGGACGAGCCUGCUAGGAAUAUGAAGGUUAUCUUCGGCGGCGGGCGUCAGGAGAUGGGCGCGCAGGUGUACCCGGACACAGAGGAGACGUGCCUGAGGAAGGACGGGAGGAACCUGCCGAAGGAGUGGCAGAACGACAAGGCCGCCAGAGGGAAGACCCAUGCCUAUGUGACCACGACGCGCGAACUGCGGUCUGUUAACAUCGAAGAUACGGAUUAUAUCAUGGGUCUUUUCGGCGAUGUCCACGUGCCUUAUGAACUAGACCGCAACGUUACCUUGGACGGAACACCUCACCUCAGGGAGAUGGUGGAGGUUGCCAUCAGGAGACUGAAGAGAAAUGACAAUGGCUUCUUCCUGCUGGUUGAGGGCGGCCGCAUUGACCACGGCCUGCACUACGGACAGCCAAAGCGCGCCCUCGAGGAGCUCCUGGCCAUGGAGGAGGCGGUGGAGGCGGCGAUGAAGAUGGUGAACAUGGAGGAGACACUUAUGGUCAUCACUGCUGAUCACUCCCAUGUCAUGACCAUCAACGGGUAUCCCGCAAGAGGCAACAAUAUUCUUGGCAAGGUUGAGUUCAACGAAGAUGUCACAGAUGGCAUGCCUUACACGACCCUUAUGUUCACCAAUGGCCAUGGGUUUAACUACACUUGGAACGGCAAGGAGGUGAUGCGCUUGAACCUCACUGGCGUCGAUACCUCAGGAAAUAACUUCGAGGCCCUCGCAGGAGUGCCAACCCACGAAGGCUCUGAGACGCACGGAGGGGAGGACGUGGCCGCUUAUGCCAUCGGUCCCAUGUCCCACCUGUUCCACCGCGUGCACGAGCAGAACUACGUUGCCCACGUGAUGGCCUACGCGUCGUGCAUAGGGCCCUACAGAGAAUGCGACCGCCCUGUACAAGCGCCCAAGAACGUGUACACCCACAUCAAGGGCCGCCAGAAGCACGUAGUUAUGUCGGGAGUGUCUGUCAACGUGGCUAGUUCGGUGUUGGUGGUGGUCGCUGCUCUUCUGCCUUUGUUUAGAUCGUAAUGGUUUAUGUGAAUGGGAAUUGUGCAUUGGU